UGUAAACAUGGCGUCCGUAACAACAGCCACCUCAGAGUGGAUUCAGUUUUUUAAGGAUGCGGGUAUCCCAGCUGGCCUUGCUGUUACAUAUGCAGUGUCCUUCGUAGACAACAGAAUUCAGAAAAAUAUGCUGAUGGACCUCAGUAAGGACAUUAUGAUGGACCUUGGCAUAACAGUGAUUGGUGAUAUCAUUGCUAUUCUUAAGCAUGCCAAACAGGUCUACAGGCAGGACAUGUGCAAAAUGGCCACAGAAGCCAUCUCCUCAGGACAGACCAGUGUUCAGGCUGAGCUCAGAAGAACAGCCAAUACUCCUGCCACUCGUAUGAUUGCCAACGCUUUGAGUCAUGACUCCCCACCAGCCACUCCAGCUCGACGAUCUGACAACCGCCUCUCCGUCACAGUGUCCAACGUGCAAGGAAACAAGAACAGCAAAGCAGUUAUAAGUCAGCCAGCAGAUGAGGGGAACGGUUUGCCAGCAGUGAAGCGUCGGCGUGUGACAGCUGAGAUGGAAGGCAAGUACAUCAUCAACAUGCCCAAAGGUACCACGCCACGUACACGCCGCAUCCUGGCCCAGCAGGCGAAAAAAGGUCUGAACCGUACCUCUGUGUUUGCGAGACUCGGGGCUGAAUCAAAGGCAGACACAACCACAAGCAAUAACAAGCCUACUGGUGUGUUCAGUCGUUUGGAUACAGGACUUGAAGAGGAGGACCGGCCGAGACCAGGAAAGAAUUCUGGAAAUAACAUGGAUAUAGAUGACGAGGAUGACAGUGAUGGCGAAGGGUCCGUUCUCCAGUACGCUGGUGUACUCAAGAAACCCGCUUUCUCCCAGAAGAAAGAACCAGCCCCAAAACCAACUACACUCCGGCGGCUUGGAGGGAAAUUCAAACUACCUCCCUCUGACACUCCCACACCCUCCUCCUCUUCUCCUAACGGCCUCCCGCCUGCAAAACUUAGUGUGCUUCAGAGACUGGGCACACACCCGAGCACGGCCGGUUCCCCUCCGCCCUCCGAUACACAGGACAAUAGAGUGACCAGCACCAGACCCAGAGCUCAGGACAGACUGAGCGUAGCGAGCUCCAAAGUGAGCAGCAGCACCGGGGCAGGGGGGGGAGGGGGAGGGGACUGUCUGGGGGCGCAGAUGGACAUUAAAGCUGUCAGUGUCUUCAAGAGACUGGGCAGCAAGAGAACCUAACACAUGGAUUCCUCAUAAUUAUUCAGACUCUUUCUAUACGUUCUUUAUAAAAUUUGUACCACCAGGAUUCAAUUAACUGGAUUUUUUUAUCGGACUGACUCUAUGAGCAGUAUUCAUUAUACAUUGUGGCUUUUUGCUCUUAGCUAAUUUUAUUUUAUUUUUUUUUAAGUCACUUUAGAUCAUGCUGCCAUUGGACAAAAACUCACCUCUGUUCAGUGUCCAGGCUUGUAAAAAGAGGAUUCUGUCAGAGUUCAGUGUAUUUUGUUGCUCAUUUAGAAAUGUAUUUAUCUUAGUCAUAUCUGCCAUUUAUCAUUUUUUAGAAAUAUAUAUAUUUAAUAGUAUCACUUCACAUAAGGCAUGAGCAUGACGCCAACCAGACUGCCUAACGGUGGUUUUGCCCCAGUCUCACAUACAGAAUAGGAACGCUGCUGCUUCAACUUCCCUUUUUUAGAUUCCUACCUAAAUGAAUACAGACUAGUUAAAAAUGUUGCCUGUCCUUUAAGAUGAAACUUGUGGUCACUGUGUUGAUAUUUGCCUGAAAGUUAAUUAUUACUUAAAAAAAAAAAGUGAAGAGAACUGUAUAGACUGUACUUUUUGACUGUACUUUUUUUUCAUUUUAUUCUUUCACAGUACAGGGGUCAGAUAUAGGACAAACUGUGGGGUGAUUUAUUUUUACCUUAACCACCUUAAACUUACCUCCUAUAAAAUGUAUGUGAACUGAAAACUGUUAAGUGAAAUGUUGGAAAGUGUCUGAUGGGUUCAGCUGGAGCUUGAGAGAAAAAAAGGAACUACAAAUGGUUACACUGAGUAACCUCGACAACACUUGAAUCAAGAGAAAGCACCACACCUCCUCGUCUUCUUCUGUGUAUGUGGAGAAGCUCACACCUCUGAAUGCCCAACUUUUUACCAUCAUACUGAACAUUUUCUAUAACAUCCUACUUGAAGGCUGAAUCCGUAAAUUAUUUUCACAUGCAAUGUAUAGAUUUGGUAGACUUUAUUUCACAGUGCAGAUGCUGUUCUGCUACAUAUUUUUCUAUGUGGACAUUCUUGUAUCGCGUUAAGAAACUACGUUGCCAUCGGGGCUGGUGUCAGUAGGUAGCAUCCGAUCACCCGACCCAACACAGGCCUUUAUGCGCCUGUGUGCUCCCUCUGUUUUCACACCAGAGCUUUGUUACACUGUAAAUAUUUUCAAAUAUUUAAAUUACAUGAAAUAAUUUUUAUUGUU